UUUGUUGGAUAUUUCAAUUGUUUUGGAAUUUUUGUUGUGCAAUCUGGUGAGAAAUCAAGUGGGGCUCUCUCUCUUCUCUCUAUCAAAAACAAAACCCUAACGGCAAACAAAAGCCAAAACUAAAAAACAUCGAAAUCGGAAACAGGGCUCGAGCUAUAACGCAAUGGACCGGUACCAGAGAGUGGAGAAGCCGAAAGCCGAGACUCCUAUUAACGAGAAUGAGAUUCGCAUUACGACGCAAGGACGGAUGAGGAACUACAUUACUUACGCCACCACUCUCCUUCAGGAGAAAGGAUCCAAUGAAAUCACUCUUAAAGCCAUGGGGAGAGCCAUUAACAAGACUGUGAUGAUCACUGAAUUGAUUAAGAGACGGAUAGUGGGUCUACAUCAGAACACAGCCAUUGGUUCUACUGAUGUAACAGAUAUGUGGGAGCCACUAGAAGAGGGUCUUCUUCCGCUGGAAACUACUCGUCAGGUAUCAGUGGUAACAAUUACUUUGUCCAAGAAGGAGUUGGAUACAUCCUCUACUGGGUAUCAACUGCCUAUUCCAGUGGAGCAGGUCAAACCAUGGGUUGAAAAUGAUUAUGAUGGAGUUAAUAAUAGCAAUAGAGUGUUUGAAUCCAAUGGAGAUGGUGGCUAUGAUGGUAGACGGUAUGUUGGAAGGGGUCGAGGAAGAAGCCGCAAUUUCCGUGGCCGUGGAAGAGGCUAUGGUGGUGGGAAUAUGCGGCAAGGAUCAAGUCAUUAUAAUGACUAUGGGGGAGGUAUCGCUCCUGCCCAAGGCCGUGGGCGGGGGCGUGGACAAGGCAGGGCCAGAGGCCGUGGACGCAUUCAGGGUUUCCGAUCUGAUGGGUCAAUCCCUGCAGCUGCUUAGACUUUGAGGUAUAGAAUUUGUUCUAGGUUGCAGAAAGUUGUGGAUGCCUGCUCUGCUGAUUGUCAUAUUUUUCUAGGAGGGAUAAAGGUGAAGGAAAAAAGUUGCUUCUGCUUGUGAGUUUCUAGGCAUUAUUAGUAACAAUAGUAAGCUAUCUCAUUGUAUGCAGUAGCAGUGUUUUGGUAGUUCGAUGGUAGCGAUAACUUUAUUUGUGGUGUUGGCAGAAACUUGUUCACUUGUUUCCAUUCAGGAAAUAAUAGAGCAGUACAUUCUUUUAUUUUUA